AUGCACAGUUCUACAGAUUUCGACUAUCCAUUAGGAGGAAGGUUAAGAUAUUAUACAGAUGAAUGGUUAGAGAAUUUUGGGAAUCAAUUGGCUACUAAAGUCGUUCAAUGGGGCUACCGUCCUAGAUGGGAAGCGUACCCUCCUCUGAGGUUUCAUCCUAUUACAGAUCAACCAUAUAUUUCAAAUUAUAAUGAAACGAGAAGAGAGAUAACACGUUUACUAGAAGAGAGAGUGAUACGUCGUUUUUCUAUGAGAAAUCAAUGCUUUCUUUCCGAAUCAAGUCUCAAGCGCAAGAAAAAUGGGAAUUAUCGUUUAGUUCCCAAUCUUCGAAAUCUCAAUGAUUAUGUAAGACGGAUGCCCUUCACUAUGGAUGAAAUGAAGGUAGAAGAAUUAAUCCAACAAAAUGACUUUAUGGUAUCCGUUGACUUAGAAGAAGCCUUUUAUCACAUUCCACUUCAUCCAGAAGCACAGAAAUAUUUCGUAUUUGACUUUGAUUACCAACGAUACUGUUUUCAAUGUUUACCAUUUAGUCUUACAACUAGUUCAUGGAUAUUUAAAACAGUUUUGCAGCCUAUAAUAGAUAUGAUACGAUCAAACAGGAUAAAAAUUGUCGUACACUGUGAUGACAUGUUAAUAAUGUCUCGUAAUAGACGCGAAGCCGAACGACACAGAGAUAUUGUAAUUGAUUUACUUGAAACACAUGGUUUUAUAAUAAAUGAAAGCAAGUCACAAUUAACACCUACAAGAUCAAUCGAAUAUUUAGGACGUGUGAUUAACUCUAAUCAAAUGAUUUUUUCUGCGCCAGAAUACAAGAUAGAAAAAUUACUUGAUGAAUGCGAAGAUGUUUACAAUCAACGUUAUAUUGAUAUCAGAACAUUAACAUCUUUAAUAAGUAAACUUCAUAACAUUGUACAAGAUCAUGAAUUUACUAGAGAGCUACGUCGUGACAAGAAUUCGCAUCUGAGAAGGGGUCAGUAUUCAAGGAUACAACUCUCACAAGAGGGCAGAGAAGAGCUAGAAGAUUGGAUGACUAACAUAUGGGAAUGGAAUGGAUACCCUAUACAGUAA